AUGGCACUCGAUAAUUACUAUCGUAAUAAAAUCGAGAGCAUGAAGCUCGAGAUCAUUCAAGGCCAAGCAGUCUUACGGAGACUGGAAGCACAACGCAAUGAUUAUAACUCGAGGGUGCGGUUACUCCGAGAGGAGUUGGGUCUACUUCAACAGCCUGGCUCUUACGUCGGUGAGGUGGUGAAGGUGAUGAGCACCAAAAAGGUGCUCGUCAAAGUACAUCCAGAAGGGAAAUAUGUGGUGGAUAUCGCAGAUGGUGUCGACAUCAGCAAACUGACCGUAGGAAAACGAGUUGCCCUGCUUUCUGACUCUUACAAACUGGAGAAGAUGCUUCCUUCGUCUGUUGAUCCACUUGUAUCUCUUAUGAUGGUCGAGAAGGUUCCCGAUAGCACGUACGACAUGAUUGGUGGCCUUGAUCAGCAAAUCAAAGAAAUCAAGGAGGUAAUUGAACUUGGCCUGAAACACCCGGAGCUGUUUGAAUCCCUUGGUAUCGCGCAACCUAAAGGUGUCCUUCUGUACGGGCCACCGGGAACUGGCAAGACCCUGCUUGCUCGAGCAGUUGCUCACCAUACAGAUUGCCGAUUCAUCAGGGUCAGCGGGUCGGAAUUAGUGCAGAAAUACAUUGGCGAAGGUAGCCGUAUGGUGCGCGAACUGUUCGUCAUGGCUCGAGAGCACGCUCCGAGCAUCAUAUUCAUGGACGAGAUUGACAGUAUUGGGUCCAGUCGCAUAGACUCAGCAGGCUCUGGUGAUUCAGAGGUGCAGCGUACGAUGUUGGAGUUACUCAACCAGCUGGACGGUUUUGAGCCUACGAAGAAUAUCAAGAUAAUCAUGGCCACAAACAGACUAGAUAUUUUGGAUCCGGCCCUAUUACGUCCGGGACGAAUUGAUAGGAAGAUUGAAUUCCCUCCACCAUCGGUCGAAGCUCGCGCCGAUAUUUUGCGAAUCCACUCACGCUCAAUGAAUCUUACGCGCGGUAUCAACCUAACAAAGAUUGCGGAAAAGAUGAAUGGAUGUUCUGGAGCGGAGUUGAAGGGUGUGUGCACUGAGGCGGGCAUGUACGCUCUUCGGGAGCGGCGGGUGCAUGUUACGCAAGAAGACUUUGAUCUGGCUACGGCCAAGAUUCUGAAUAAGCACGAUGACAAGGAGGUUGCUGUUUCCAAGCUCUUCAAGUAA